AUGGAGAAAAAAUGGACCUACUGUGCUGUCUGUUCCAUCAUCCAGAUACAUUUCAUCAGGGGAGUAUGGGAGAAAACAUCCAAUACAGAAGACAUCUAUGCUUUCCCCGGCUCUGAUGUCAACCUAACCUGUCAAACAUGGAAGAAAGGCUUCUUGGUGCAGAUGCAAUGGUCCAAGGUCACUGAUAAAUUGGAUCUGAUUGCCCUUUAUCAUCCGCAGUAUGGACUGUACUGUGCUAAUGGCGGUCCCUGUGAGUCACUGGUGACUUUCACAGAAACUUCCAGAAAUGUGUCAACGUGGAUUCUGCACUUAAAGAACGUGUCCUCCUCACUCACUGGGAAGUAUGAGUGUGGCUUUACUCUGUAUCCGGAGGGUGUUUGGACUAAAAUCUACAACCUACUCAUUCAGACAAAUGUUACACAGAAUGAAUGGAGAAGCAGCAAUAUAAUAGAAGUACAGAUAAAUCAGACUGUGGAAAUACCAUGCGUUCAAAAUAUCUCCUCAGAAAUUUCAUCUGAGUUCACCUUUGCAUGGUUGGUGGAGGAUAAUGGAACUCGGGAAACACUUAUCACCCAAGGUCAAUCCAUCAGCAAUUCCACAUUAUUUAAAGACAGAGUCAAGCUAGGUACAGACUAUAAACUCUACCUCUCUCCAGUCCAAAUCCACGAUGAUGACCAGAAGUUCUCCUGCCACGUUAUGGUCAGACCUGGCAAAAUCUUGAGGAGUUCCACCACAGUCAAGGUUUUUGCUAAGCCAGAAAUCCCCACGAUUGUGGAAAAUAACUCUACGGAUGUCUUGAGAGAGAGAACAUUUACCUGCUCCCAGAGGAAUGUAUUUCCCACAGCAAAUCUCACGUGGUUUAUAGAAGGAGGCUUUCCUCAAGGUGAAAAAGAAGGAAUAUACAUUACUAAUGAAGAGAGAAAAAUCAAAGGUGGAUUUUUGGAGCUGAAGUCUGUUUUGACAAGGGUGUAUGGUAAUAAACCAGCCCAAUCAAAUAACCUGACCAUCUGGUGCAUGGCCCUAUCUCCAGUCCCCGGAAAUAAAGUGUGGAACAUCUCAUCUGAAAAGAUCACUUUUUCCUUGGGAUAUCCAGCUGUAUCUUCCACAGCCCUUGGAGAUGUGGGUUCUCUGACUCCAAAUACCACCCCUCAAACCAGCAAUUCCAGUGUGACUACCCAAGGCUUCAACUACUCCUGGACCCCCAGCAGGCAAGAUACCAAAAACUCUUCAUGGAUGCCCAGUGAAACAUAUAGUUCAUCCGCCUCAGGUGCAAGCUCAACAAUUCAUGGUGAUGUCUUCACCAGCACAACCAGAACAUUUUCAGAGGUUCCCACAACUGCCAAUGGAUCGACAAAAAAUAUUCACAUCCAUAUCACUGGUAUUGUGGCCAAUAAACCUAAAGAUGGAAUGUCCUGGCCGGUGAUUGUAGCAGCUUUGCUCUCUUUCUGCAUAGCAUUGUUUGGUCUUGGAGUGAGAAAAUGGUGUCAAUACCAGAAGGAAAUCAUGGAAAGACCCCCGCCUUUCAAGCCACCUCCACCUCCCAUCAAGUACACUUGCAUUCAAGAGUCCAUUGGAAGUGAUCUGCCUUGUCAUGAGAUGGAGACACUCUAGCCCCCUUGAGACUUUGCCGUAUAGAAUUCUGCUAGAAUCCUGUGAGAAGGUGGAUAUUGUGCUUUAUUAAUAUAAUUGCCCUCUAGCCAAGCCUGUACUGCAGCUGAAGUGGAUGUCAGAAGUGAAUGACCUGUUCUCCCAGCAACUCAGCCUCUUUCAUCUGCACGUGCCUGAAAUUGAGCAAGAAUGAGAGGCGAAGUCAUGCUCAUACCCAAUGCGAUCUGUAGGAACGUUCUCGCUUAUGUAGGAAGUGCAAAUUAGGCUGCUGUUAUUAAAAAGUGCUUGCGGUGUUUUUCUGUUUCACUUUAGUUCUCUGACUGAGGUGACGACAGUGGUUUCAAGCAUAGUCCAUGCCAGAUCCUCUUCUAUUUGGGCAUCUGCCAACAUUCUAAACUAUUUGCCAAAAGCAUGAUCAUCGCUGAGGUUUGUUGCAUUCCCUAGGAAAAUUACAAAAAGAAGAAAAUGUGAAAGUUCUAGCAAGAGUUUCAAGUAAGUGCAAGUAGUCUUCGUACUGAAAAUAUUUUGCUUCUUUUCACUAGAGAAAAUCCUAAUACCUUGCACAAGACACCAGUCCCAGUCCCCCUUCCUCCCACCACGUUCUGCCCAGCAUCCUGCCCCAUGGAAUGAGGAGGGGUCAAAGGGAAAACUAGCCAACAACCAAGUAGCCUAGUAGACAUAGGUAACAUUUCAUUGGCCUCUAAAUGACAUGAACUAAGAGUGGUCUCAUCCUCAGCUUUACCUCUGUGUGUGUGUGCGCAUGGGUACAUCAAACUAUUACCAAACUGUUACAUGAAUAAACAGGCAACCUAGCCCCAAUCCAA